AAUAAGAGUUUCAUACACAUUCUGUAAAGACAUUAUGGUGUGAUUAGCAAGAUAGACUACAAUUUUAAGUCCAUAAUUAUCUCAGUAAACGUUAAGUAGAUGGAGGUGGGUAUAUAAAAUACACGCCAGGGCGGUUGAUUCAUUGUCUUAUAAGAAAACGACAACGACGUAGUGAAAAAUAUGAUGGAAGUCAGGGAAUUUCAAUCAAACUCAGAAUUUCCAAAAUUCCUCGACAGUAAUGAUCCCUUAGGCCAUUUUCGGCAAAGGUUUUGUAUCCAGAAAAGCGUCAUUUACAUGUGCGGUAACUCUCUGGGACCAGCUUCAAAGGACGCAGAAGAAACCCUGUAUCGAGCAAUAGAAAAAUGGAAAGAAGAAGGCGUUAAAAUCUGGUCCACAGAUAACAACAAAUAUUUCUUUUACUCCAGAGAAUUGGCACAAUUAAUGGCGCCUUUAAUUAAUUGCGAUCCUGAAGAAAUUGCUGUGACAGAAUGUGUGACUACAAAUAUUCAUCAAGUCAUUGGCACCUUCUUUAAACCUACUAAAAUUCGAUACAAAAUCAUCGUGGAUGAUAUCAACUUUCCGACAGAUCGUUACGCUAUCGAUGGACAAGUCCGGUUGAAGGGAUUAGAUCCAGUGGAGGUCGUCAAAGUCGUUAAAGCGAAAAGUAAUUACUUAGACGAAGAUGAUGUCAUCAAUGCGAUGACUGAAGACGUCCAAAUGGUGUUUCUACCAACAGUUUAUUACAGAACAGCCCAAAUAGUUAAUAUGAAAAAAGUUACUGAAGCUGCCAAAAAAAGGGGCAUCGUUGUGGGUUGGGACUUUUGCCAUGCAAUUGGAGCUAUAGAAAUAGACUUAAAGUUACUAGACGCUGAUUUCGCUGUUUGGUGUACAUACAAAUAUCUGAACGGAGGGCCAGGAUCGACAGCUGCGCUUUAUAUUAACAAGAGACAUUUCAAAAUGCUUCCAGGACUACCGGGAUGGUUUGGGAACAAGUUUGAAACACAAUUCUUGCUUCGGCAAACAUUCGAACAUCAAGAAGAUGCAAAUGGAUGGCAAAUUGGUACUCCAACGAUUUUCUCAAGCGCGCCUUUGGAAGGCAGUCUUAGGCUAUUUCAAGAGGCUGGAAUACAGAAUAUUAGAAAAAAGUCUUUACACUUAACGGCAUAUUUGAUGUACCUUGUAGACGAAAAAUUGACACAUUAUGGUUUUACCAUUGGGAACUCUAGAAAUGACACAAAAAGAGGCGGUCACGUGUGUUUGGAACAUAAUGAAGGUUACAGAAUUAGCAAGGUAUUACUGGAUCGUGGAGUUAUACAAGAUUUCAGGGACCCAAAUGUAAUUCGUCUAACACCCACGGCUCUUUACACAAGUUAUUUUGAAGUUUACCGAAUAGUAGAAAUUUUGGAAGAUAUAAUGAAGGGUGCAGCUUACAAGGAAAUCAGCACAAAGAAAACAAUCGUUGUUUAGACGAUACUGCUGAAGGAUUUUUGUUUGUUGUACUCUUUACCAUAAAGGUAUCAUCGAUAGGCAGUCCCCUUUGUCAAGGCACAAGUAAAGAAAAUU